GCGUGACGCAAACACGCGGCUCAUAUGAGCGCCCUCAGGCCUGCACACACAUCACCAUGCCACAUGCUCCCCACACGGACCCAUUUUCUUCCGGUUCAAGGCUCCUUCUAUGUCCUUCUUCCACGCCAACGUUGAAGCCGUACGGACAUGACAAUGAAACGUGUGCGGGUGUGAUGCGGAUGUAAAACAAAUCUGCAGCUGCACUCCAGCCAUGACCUCCAAGUCGCCCCUGUUCAAGUUCGUUCUCUUGGGCGACGGCGGCGUGGGAAAAUCGUCCCUCAUGAACCGCUUCGUCACCGACAAGUUCGACUCCCACCUCUUCCACACCAUCGGCGUGGAGUUCCUCAACAAGGAGCUGGACGUGGACGGCCAGAGUGUCACGCUGCAGAUCUGGGACACGGCGGGACAGGAGCGCUUCCGCAGCCUGCGCACGCCGUUCUACCGCGGCUCUGACUGCUGCCUGCUCACCUUCGGCGUGGACGACGCGCAGAGUUUCUGCAACGUGGCCAACUGGAAGAAAGAGUUCACCUACUACGCCGACCUCCAGGAGCCCGACAAGUUCCCCUUCGUGGUGCUGGGCAACAAGGUGGACACGACCGGGCGACAGGUGUCCGGGGAGGACGCGCGGCGGUGGUGCCGCGACAACGGCGGGCUUCUCUACUUCGAGACAAGCGCCAAGGAGGCCACCAACGUGGCGUCGGCCUUUGAAGAGGCAGUUCGCCUGGUUCUCAGGCAAGAUGAGCGACCCGACCACCUCAUCCACACCAACACGGUGGACCUGAGGAAGAGGAGUUACUCCGAUUCCAGCUGCUGCUGAACUGCACUUUUGUCCAACCGAAACUUACAUAUAGUGGGGCAAAAAAGUAUUUAGUCAGCCACCGAUUGUGCAAGGUCUCCCACUUAAAAUGAUGACAGUUAUGUUUUAACUAAGGGAGAUGACGGCAGACUACACCAGGUGGCAGUGUUCAAUAAUUUAUUAUAUAUAUAUAUAUAUAUAUAUAUAUAUAUAUUGUAAGUAUUUAUAUAUAUAAUAAGACUACAAAACAAUACUAACAAUAAACCAAGGCUAUGAAGUGUGACAAAGACUCAAGCGUGUAUGGUGUAAGGCUAAGUGUGGAAAUUAACUUAAGUGUCUUACCAAAGUGUUGGAGGUGGUGUAGACAGGGGCGAGGCAGGCAGGGAAGUCCAUGGCGGAAGCGGGGUCAAAAGCAGGAGAGCGAGUCCAAAGUCCAAAACAGAGGUCGGGGAUCCAGGAAGGCAAAAAUGGGAGCCAGGAGGGAAGCAGGGGUGGUGACACGACACUGUGGGAAAAGCAGGAGAAACAGGGAUCGGGGAAAACCCAAGGGCACAAGGAAAUAAGCAACGAGCAAGGAGGAGUAGUUUCACCAUCUGAGAACUAAGUUCCCGCGCCGAUCCUUGGGUCUACUGGUCCUUUAUUGGACUUGCCCUCAUCAGUACCAGGUGAGCAGAUUGAUAACAGGCUGCAGGCUCGAUGCUGCGUGGGCGUGCUGCACUCAGCACGAGUGAGGGCGUAUCUGAGCGCGCUGUCAGCAGAGGCGCCUCUUGGCGCACUGUUCGUAGAGGCGCACGCAGCUCCAGACGCCGAGGAGACGUGGGUUCGAAUCCGCGCCGUGACAAUGACAGAUGUCUGUAAUUUUCAUCAUAGGUACACUUCAACUGUGAGAGACAGAGAGUGAAAAAAAAAAUUCACAUUGUAGGAGUUUUUAAGAAUUUAUGUGUAAAUUAUGGUGGAAAAAAAGGAUUUGGUCAACCAUUCAAAUCUCUCACUGAUGGAAGGAGGUUUUGGCUCAAAAUCUCACGAUACAUGGCCCCAUUCAUUCUUUCCUUAAAGGGGAACAUUAUCACAAUUUCAAAAGGGUUAAAAACAAUAAAAAUCAGUUCCUGGUGGCUUCUUGUGUUUUUUGAAGUUGU